UUUUCAUUGACUAGUGAACAUUAAUUGUGAUCUAUUACAAUCAAUAAACACUUCAAUUAAAAGUUGAAAGGUAACAUUGAACUAAUAUGAUUAAUCCAAUUUUCAAUUUAAAUUGUGCUAAAUUAUUCACCUAAACAGUUAUGUAUGAUUAUGAAUGUGAACUGUCACCAUGUAUUAUGAAACCAGUGAAAAGUUUAAACAGGAAACUUGGAUUACAAAAUGAUACCAAAUUUAAUCAUCACAAUCAUCUUACUGAUUAACUUGAAAUCAAUUUCAUUGAAUUUACACAAAUUCGAGCCUCUUGAAUACAGGAUACCCGAGGGUCAGAUAGCUCAGUUACCCUGUAAUAUUAGUCCUGCCUGGAGGGAAGAUAAAAUUUUACUCAUCAUGUGGUAUCGAGAGGAUAUUGGUACACCAAUUUACACAAUAGACUCUCGAACAUCGUCCUUAAAUGAAGCUCAACAUUUUAUCAAUGAUUAUUUCAAGAAUCGAGUUAAACUACAAUUAACUGAACCAAUAUCAUAUUUGAUACUUGAACCUGUUAAAAGGAUAGACACUGGUAUUUAUCGUUGUCGAGUUGAUUUUAGACAAACAAGAACAAUCAACAAGAUAAUUACACUUCAAGUAAUAGUUCCAGUUGCUUCCAUUGAAAUUUACGAUUCCCAUGGUAAUGAAAUAAAAGCUAUUGGAGGUCCUUAUAAUGAAGAAGAUACAAUCAAUAUUACAUGUAAAGUUAUCGGAGGAUUCCCGCAACCAGAGGUGAAAUGGGAGCAACAUCGUGUAAAUGAACAGAGUGCAAGGCAGCUUAAUGAUUUUCAAUUUAAAGUUCAUGAGGACUACGUUGAAAGCACUGUAACAGUAAAUAAUCUCGGUGAAAAUGAUCUGUGGUCCAAGAUAACCUGCAAAGCAUCAAAUACCAACUUAACCUCACCUUUAACUAGAUCAAUUCAACUGAAUCUAAACUUGAAACCAAAAAGGCUUGAAUUGACAAAACCUAUGAGCCUUAUUGCCAAUGAAACCAUCGAACUAACCUGUUUGAGCAAAGGUUCUAGACCCGCAGCCCUGAUAAAUUGGUACAAAGAUGACAUGAUUUUGGUUGAUAGUGAUAAUGGAUCAGUUUCAGUUUCAUCGGUAACAGUUUUCUACAGUCCAGAUGAAUCUUCAUCACAGAUAAAUGAGAAAACAACAACAACAACAAGCUUUUUUAGACUGAGACCAACAUUAGCCGAUGAUGGUAAAAGAUUAAGCUGCUUAGCAAGAAAUCCAAGGUUACCAGAUAUAAUAAUCGAAGAGGGAUUUCAUCUUAAUGUCCAAUAUAAACCAAUUGUUAAUCUGGUUCUUGGUUCGCAAAAUGAUGGUAUCAGAGAGGGAAGUUUAAUACUCUUUGAAUGUAAUACACAGGCAAACCCUUCCCCUGAUGAAAUUGAUUGGAUAUUUAAUGGAACAAUAAUGAAUACAACUAAAUUAAAUGGAGUAUUGGUAUCACCUAAUACCUUUCUAAUUGAGAAUGUUACUCUAAAUCAUCGAGGUAAUUAUAGUUGUUCAGCUACCAAUUCAAUCGGAACAACAAUCAGUCAACCAUUAUUUCUUCAAGUCCUUUAUUCACCAAUUUGUGCCCCAAACCAGAAGACAGUUUAUGGUUUGGCUACUAAAGAGCCUAUCAAAGUGCCUUGUGUCGUUGAAUCUGAUCCUUCCCAAGUGACCUUUCGUUGGGCUUUGAAUAACAGUAUUGACCUGAUGCCGAUUAAAAGUUUCUCCUCCAAUCGAUUAACAAGCCUUGCUACUUAUGCUCCAAGAACUAAAUUUGGUUAUGGUCAAUUGUACUGUUGGGCGACCAAUAUAGUUGGUGAACAAAAGGAACCCUGUGUAUUCAAUGUUAUACCCGCUGGAUUACCAGAACCAAUUAAAAACUGCCUUGUAGGUAAUCAAUCAAUGGACAGUUUAGUGAUCAAAUGUGAACCAGGUCAAGAUGGAGGCCUUGAACAAUCAUUUUAUCUUGAAGUUUAUCAUUCGGUCACUGGCUCUCUGCAAACAAACAUAACCUCACCUCGAAGUCCAAUAUUUGAGGUCAACUCACUACCCAAAGGUACACCUUUUGUACUUUUACUUUAUGCCGCCAAUGCCAAAGGCAGAAGUAAUUCUGUUGCCUUAACAGCCAGUACAUUGCCUUUUCCAAGUCGAGAUAUCAAUAUCAUUACCCCUGUUAUCGCAGCCUUAAUAAGUGUCAUUGGAUCGUUGGUUUUCACUGCCAUUGCGAUAAUGAUAAUCGCUCGAAUCCGUGGCUUAGAUGAGGACAAAGGUUCACGAUCUCGACACAACUCAUCAAAAAGAUCAAACAAUAAUACUUCAACUGACCAACAAGCAUCACUUAAACUACCCAAUGGCCACCUUACGAAUAACUCAGCAAAAGAAGAGACUUUGAAUAUUGAUACUAAUCAAGCUUAUCAUCGAGAUGACGAUAAUGAUGAUGAUGGUGAUGAUGAUGCCGAUAACUGGGAUAAUGAUAUAAACCGUGAGGAUAAAUAUAUUUUGGCCCAUGAAACGAACCAGAAUGAAUUUGAUAUUCUCAACAAAGAUGAAGGGCUAGUCAAACUAUCCUUAGAUCAGACCAUUUUACGUGAACCUUCAGUUAUAAUUUUAAAUGAAGAUGACCCAAUGUUGACCAACGAAACACCUCUAAUCAAUGGACUCUAUUUUCCUCCUUUCGCAAAUUUAAGAAAUGGCUCACAGAAGCAAAUCACUCCUCUAUCUACACCAGUAUGACAAUUAUAUGCCCACCAUACUCUGAGUCCAUUGGAACCAUACAGCUUAAAAAACAAGAAUAUUUGGAUUGUACAAAAUUCACCUUUUGUCGAUAUCUGUCGAUCAAUUGGAUACCAAGUCAUCUAAUCUCUAACUUUAUGAAUUUGGAUAUAACUGUCUAACUUAAUCAAUAUUUUGAUACGAAAAUUUAUUUUGUCACAACGUUUACCGUUUAUUAUACCAAUAAAGUUAUCAUUAGUAUUU